AUGCCGCCAGCAACAACAGCUCCACAAUACGCACCCCCAGAUGGAGGAUGGGGCUGGGUUGUGGUCUUUGGGGCUUUUAUCUCCAUUGGAUUUUCCUAUGCAUUCCCAAAAGCCAUCACAGUGUUCUUCAAGGAAAUUCAGGAGAUCUUCCACACAUCAUAUAGUGAAAUAGCUUGGAUAUCAUCGAUUAUGUUGGCUGUUAUGUAUGCAGGAGGUCCCAUAAGCAGUGUCUUGGUGAACAAAUAUGGUUGCCGGCCAGUGAUGAUGGCAGGAGGUGUAUUGUGUUCAUUUGGAAUGAUUGCUUCCUCUUUCUGCAAUAGUGUCCUGGAGCUUUACAUAUGUGUAGGAAUUGUUGGAGGUCUUGGCUUAGCCUUCAACUUGCAGCCUUCCUUGACUAUGAUUGGCAAGUAUUUCUAUAAGAAGCGGCCCAUUGCUAAUGGACUAGCCAUGGCUGGAAGUCCAGUGUUUCUAAGCACACUGGCACCUCUCAAUCAAUUCCUCUUUAAUGCAUUUGGAUGGAAAGGAAGCUUUCUCAUUCUGGGAGGACUUCUUUUGAACUGCUGUGUGGCCGGGUCACUUAUGAGACCUGUUGGACCAAAACCAGUCCCUCCUGUGAAAAAAGAUGUCGAGAAGGGAGCAGGAGAUUCAGCCUUACACAUGAAUAACAAGAAGAAGUCAUUCUGGCAAACUGUGAAUAAAUACUUAGAUCUGUCCCUCUUUAAACACAGAGGGUUUCUGGUUUAUUUGUCAGGAAAUGUUAUUAUGUUUGUUGGCUUCUUUGCCCCAAUAGUAUUCUUGGCUCCUUAUGCCAAACACAAGGGAAUUGAUGAAUAUUCUGCUGCUUUUUUGCUCUCUAUUCUAGCUUUUGUAGACAUGUUUGCUAGGCCUUCAAUGGGACUUGUAGCAAACUCCAAAUACAUCCGGCCAAAAAUCCAGUACUUCUUUAGUUUUGCUGUCUUGUACAAUGGCAUCUGUCAUAUCAUGUGCCCACUGGCAGAGGACUAUACAGGCCUGGUGGUAUAUGCUGUACUUUUUGGAUUUGCUUUUGGAAUGGUUAGCAGUAUCCUUUUUGAGUCGUUGAUGGAUCUCGUUGGUGCAGCCAGGUUUUCCAGUGCUGUGGGACUUGUCACAAUUGUGGAGUGCUGCCCUGUUCUCCUAGGCCCCCCUCUAGGAGGUUGGUUAGUGGAUAUAACUGGAGAAUAUAAAUACAUGUACAUUGUCUGCGGAUCGAUUGUGAUUGUGGCAAGUAUUUGGUUGUUCAUCGGCAAUGCCAUCAACUACAGGCUUUUGGCAAAAGAGAAGAAGUUAGAAGAAGAAAAACAGAAAGCAUUAAAGAAUGCUGAUCCCAAGGAAGCAGAACCUUUGACCAACAAUGAGAAUGAGGAGGCUGCCAACAGGGCUGACAAAGUACUCAAUGAUUCUUCAGAAAGGGAAACUAAUAUUUAA